UAUAUAUUUAAAAAAUAUAUAUAAAACAUAAAUAUAUAAAUAAACACAUACAUAUAACUAAAUAUUUGAAAUAUUAUUAAUAAAUAAUUGAAAAUAAAUAAAUAAAAAAAAAACAAAUUAAGGAUGACAAUGAAAGUAAUGAUUCAAGUGUUGAGGCAUUAUAAAAAAAGGUCUAAUAAUUAUGAGAGUAUAAUAGAUGUGCUGCAUUUUUAAAAAAAAGAACAUAAACAAUAUAUAUAUAUAUUUAAAGCCUAUAACAAAAACAUAUUUUUAAAUAUAAUAAAUGAAAAACUAAUUAACAAAACACAUUCUUUAGUUUGAAAUUUCUUUGCGAAUAGUUUAGGAGUUUAUAACAAGAAUCACCCACACGCUACAUAUGCUUAUAAUCACAAGUAACAACAAAUUUUGAAUCGCUAUUACGCUAUCAACCAGAGUGUUUCGUUCUCACGACAAUUGAAUCUCUGUUCCGGAACGACCCGAUUCUUGAUCGGCCAAAGAUUGACAACAUUGCAACAGCUGUAUCAACCGGAAGUUUUUCCCCAAAGAAGAACAUCCAGUUAGAGACAACCUGUUACAACAAGAACAGCCAGUGUUUCGUUCUCACGACAAUUGGAUCUCCGUUCCGGAACCACCCGAUUCUGAAUCGGCCAAAGAUUGUCAACAGCUGUAUUGCUGAUAUUAACAUAAAACGGUCUUUCCGACUUCCUGACGAAUGUAGUGUCUUCCAAACAGAGAUCCUAGCGAUCUGGAAAGCGACGGAGCUGCUCUUAGAGCAUUGGUUUGUCACACGGUACAUUCGCAUCUAGUUGUGGAUUGUGGAAAUGCCCUUAGGGACAUUAUGAGACUAUUUGUCAUUAGAUUGUGUUGGGUGCCAGGGCACUGUAAUGUGCAGAGCAAUGAGGUUGCGGACGAACUAGCUAGACUGGGUUCGAACCUUGAUAUAGAAGACAGGGAGAGGAUGGUAAAACCACUCAUUUGUCACUAUAAUAGGAUGAUAUUCGAAAGAAUGCGCGACAUCAUCAACCAGUCCUGGAAUAGUAGAUGAAUGGUGAAACACAACCAGUUUUAACACAGAUCAAUCAGAACUAGAUCUAUUAAAGGCAAGAUAUGGUCGAUCUUUAUAAGCUAAUCGAAGACAUUACAAUAUCGACUCUUCCACAAGGCUGGAUCGCCAAACUAUACUACUCCCGUCGGUAUUCUUAAUCACCCCUAUUCUGUAUUUCAAUUACGUUUAUGCAUUCAGAGAAAAUUUCGAUUCAAAUUGAAAUGUAGAAUAGGGGCCAAUAUAUGUAUGUCGUUGAUUGUAGCGAUUUAGGAAGUAAUUGGGGGCUCUCUUCUGAUUUAUACAGUCCCAGUACGUAACGCUGUGACACCUAAUUAAUCACUCCUAUUCUGUAUUUCAAUUCGAAUCGAAAUUUUCUUCUUUUGGCAAAAUACAAUUGCUUCUUCUUUUUCCUACGAUUUCGUUUUUAUUUUUUUUGUUGGAAUACCAAUUUUCCAUUAUUGCGAAACAGAAUGCGGAAGCGUAAUCGAAAUGGAGAAUAGGAGUGAAUGAUUGUUGCUGUUGCAACAGCUAAAUUAUACAAAAAUCUAGUUGGGGAUUCUACCAAUCAAUGGACAAGCCUAAAAAUUGUGCUAUUUUAACUUGAUGUGUCCAUAAAUCUAUUGGACAAAGUGGAAUAUGUGGUGGAUGUUAUGACCAUUAGACAUUAAGGCUAAACAACUCGGUGGCAACAACAACCCCUGCGAGAACACCAUUCCAAAUGCAAAGUAAGUCCAAAGGACUAAGAAUCUUACCCGAGACUCUCAGAGAAAAUAAUCUUCAAAACAAAACCAUCUAAAGUUAUUGGUUCAGAUUGCAUCUUUAUGUUAAUAAUAAAGAAACUCGUUUUAAUAUGUCUCGAAUAUCUAACCCAUCUUCUGGAACUCUCUCUUCACUAAUUGAAGAUUCCCGAUAUCUGGAAGGUCGUUCGGCUAAUCCCAAUUCUAAAACCAGACAAACUGGCUACUUAGGGAAACGGUGGCCAGAUACCCGCAGGACUAUGUCUGGCUGGUCAGUUGGUUGAGGUUCCUUCGGAAUCCACGUAGUAGCUGAGUUGCGGUUUAAAGACUGAUGUAAGGUAAAGUCAAUAUUUGGGGAUAAGUUCGGUGCUGUUGCCGAAACAACAGAUACUCCAAAAAGGAGUGACUGUGGGACUAAGCGUUGGAAAUGAGGUGGUAUUAAUUGUAUAUGGUACUGGAUGAAUGUAGGGUACGGCGGGUAUGUUUUUCUCUUAUGAAUGUGUCGGAUAAAUGAGAUGUGUUCUGAGUUGUCUGAUUAUGGAUGAAAGGUAUCGUUUAUAUUGAAUUUUCCUUGUCCAGCUAUGUUCAGAGAUUAGAUAGCUCAAGUACUUGAGCAAAGUGCUUGUACAUCUACUAUCUACUAAUACUUCUUGUUAAAACUUGUAGCGAAAGGGUUAAUGAGUUCUUAAAUUAAACAUACCCUUUCAAUACCGUUAUUUAUAUAUAAAAUAUGUCCUCUAUGUACUACAAAUAAACAAUUUUAUGUACUAAAAUGUGUUUUUCGGUAAACAAGAUCAUGUAAUGUUAUUUUUCCAAUCAAUUAUAGUGAAUUUGUUGAUUCAGCUGAAAAAGUUCAAUUAUUUAAAAUAAGCCAAAUGGAUUUGGGAGAUCCAUCGUUGAAGCCAAUCAAAGUCUUGGGUUCAGGCUCAUUUGGUCGUGUAUUUCUCUGCAAGUAUCGUAAUACUCAAAUGGCAUGUGUAAAACGUAUUAUUGUGCAAAAUCCUAAACAAGAAAUGAAAAUGAUCAUGGAAGAGGUCUAUAUCAUAUCACAAGUACGUCAUCCAAAUAUUAUCCAGUUUAUUGGUUCUUUUGUUCAUGCCGGUACGGUCAAUAUAAUUAUGGAAUAUGCACCGAAUGGUACUCUCCAAGACAUUAUAAAUCAAGCAAGACCAGUGGGUCUCUCCAAUGCCAACAUUCUGCGUUAUUUUUGUGAUAUUCUAAUGGGUUUGGAGUAUUUGCAUAUACGACAUGUAUUCCAUCGUGAUCUAAAGCCAGCCAAUCUACUGGUCGAUAUAAAUGAUCAUAUCAAAAUUGCCGAUUUUGGAAUUUCUCUAAUACACACGCCGAACAAAGCGAGUGGCAAUGCAGCUGGUACUGCAUUUUAUUCAGCACCUGAAGUUUUGCGUGGUGAUAAAUACGAUUACAAAUCAGAUAUUUGGUCAUUGGGAUGUAUACUUUAUGAAAUGUGUGUGGGUCAUAGUCCAUUCUCUCAGGCCAAUAAUUUAGAAGAUUUGAUAUAUUUAAUUAAAGUUUUAACGCGCCAAAAGCUAAAUUGCAAUUAUAUCAGAAACAAGUAUGGUCCCUUGUGGGCGAGUCUAUGUGAACAGAUGAUUAUGAUUAAUUUACAACAACGAAUCUCCCUACCCGAUAUUCUGUGUAUGGAUCCGGCUCUAACUUUACCUUAUUAUAAUAAGUAUUUUGAUUAUAAGUAUUGAUUGAAAUUAGUUACGAUUAGUUUAACAUUUAUUAUCUUUAAUUGAGAUUAAGAAGACUCGUGUUAUUUGAUGUUAAUUUGUAAUUCCAUGUUAUUUUGAUUCCAAUGUUCUUUAGUUAAAAUUCGAAUGUGUGUUCAAAUAAAUUUAAUUAAUACUUUUAAAA